AUGGGUGGAUUCGGUUUCAAGUCACGCCACAAGCAAUCUGCUCCUGAACCACUCAAAGUCAAGGGGAAAUCUAAGGAUCCCAAGAACGUCGACUCCGAACUCACUGGUGAAGGACCCAAAGGCAAAUCUCGAUCCAAGGUUCCUCGGAGCGGUGGAAAAUCAGUUGCCAGUAAAAUCAAACAACGAAAUCUCCGUCAGCAGGAAGAAGCCCAAGAAAAGGAACUUCUAAAAUCCAAGAAUUCAAAGAAACAAACCAGCCAAGAUUCUGAUUCUGACGAAGGAUUGGAAGAAGCGAGAAAGGCAUUUUUCUCAACGAAAGAUUUGGUCGAACCACAAAAUGAUAUGGACUUAUCAGACGAUCAACACGAUCACCAGAGCGCCAGUGGGAGCGAGAACAGUCACGCCGGUUCGCUUGAAGAGCUUAAUGUUUCUGAAGCUAGUGGGGGAAUCGAAGGAUCAGCCAUCCCAGAUGACGAGGACGACGAGGCUGAUGCCAAGAAUGAUGAUGAAGUUGCUGAAGGAUCCGACAGCUUUGGCGAAGGCUCAGAUAAUCAAGAAGAUGUAGACGACAAUGCUCUUGAUGCGGACAUCAUGAACCAUUCGAAGGGUAUUCCUGAUCUUCGGAAACUUUACUCCCGGAUCCAGGAAAGCGUUCGAGUUUUAGGCAACUGGAGUGUGCUCGGCAAGAAGGCAAAGGGAAAAAGUAGAGCAGAUGUCACCGAACAAACCUUGAACGACGUUUGUGAAUACUUUGGCUAUAAUGCGUUCUUGUCGGAUUUACUGUGGCAAUUAUUUGACCCCGAAGAAGCCUUGGCGUUUUUUGAAGCAAACGAGACAGCCAGACCGGUUACUAUCCGGACUAACACACUACGAACCAACCGGCGGGACUUAGCACAAUCAUUAAUCAACCGCGGUGUCAACCUCGAACCGAUCGGGAAGUGGUCCAAAGUCGGGCUCCAGGUGUUCGAGUCGAGCGUUCCGAUCGGUGCUACCCCCGAAUAUCUUGCGGGGCAUUACAUGCUCCAAGCGGCUUCAUCUUUCUUACCAGUGAUUGCGCUGAAUCCUCAACCCGGCGAGAAAUGUCUGGAUAUGAGUGCUGCUCCUGGAGGGAAAACAACGUUUAUGGCAGCCAUGAUGAAGAACACCGGGAAACUGUUUGCCAACGACAGUUCUAAAGCCCGCUGUAAGAGUCUGAUGGCCAACGUCUCCAGGAUGGGCUGUCACAAUGUGAUCAUCAGCAAUCAUGAUGCUCGAGACUUUCCGAAAGUAAUGGGUGGCUUCAACCGGGUGCUUUUGGACGCUCCCUGCAGUGGAACGGGAGUUAUCAGUAAAGAUGCCAGUGUCAAAAACAAUAAAUCCGAAAGAGAUCUAUUGUUACUUUCGCACUUGCAAAAGCAACUCAUACUUUGUGCAAUCGACUCAGUCUCACCCCAUUCCCCCAACGGCGGCUACCUGGUUUACUCGACUUGCUCUGUGACGGUUGAAGAAAAUGAAAGUGUGAUCGACUACGCACUCAAGAAGCGGCCGAACGUUAAACUAGUGGACACGGGGAUCGGAUUCGGCAAGGAUGGCUUUGUUCGGUUUCGUGGAAAGAUCUUCAACCCUAGCCUGAAACUGACGAAAAGGUUCUACCCUCACGUUCACAAUGUUGAUGGUUUCUUUGUGGCAAAACUUAAAGUCAAUCCAAAACCCAAGACAGCACCGAUUCAGGGAGAUGAUGAUGCUGAAGGGAAUCUAUCUCAAGAUGAUGAGCCCGAUGAGAAGCAGAAGGCGACGAAAGAGAACAACGAGCCGGUCGGAUUUGAUGAUUCCGAAGAUGCUGAAAUCAUCGCCUCUGCCAAAAUCUCUCAACUGAAGGCCAAGGGUAUUCAUGUCACUCGGCCGAACCCGGAAAAGAAAGAGUCCAAAAGGCGUCGAUCUGAGGAACAAGAUGGGGCAGCGGUGAAGCAAUCAAAAAAGAGGCCAUCCGACGAACAUGAUCCGGUGGAGGAGUUAUUUACUGAGCAUCUUUGUUUGUUUGGCUGUUUGGCUUCCUCGAUCUUACUUUCUGUACCCGCUGGUUCCCUCCCCUCGGCCACUUCUCUCAACCCUGUUUCUCCUGGCCCACACCCCUCACACCCUAUCCCGUCGAGCUCGGUCUGGAUAGCACUCUACACGAUGCCGAUGUGUCCGAGCUGUCAGAAGGUUAAAGUAACCCGAUGCAAGAUACUCCGGACGGGUGACGCUGACUACGGGAGGGAAUAUGUGGCCUGCUCCGCUUGCUCGUCCAGGUGGUUCCUCGAUGAUCCCAACAGACCAGUGGGCCUCGUGAGCGAUAAGCCGAGACAAUCGAUCUGGAAGAAACUUGGAACAUGGGGUGCUCCGAAUAACGUGCCUGACUCCUCUGGGGUCCUUCGUGCCGCCACCUACGUCUUGCCUCCCGUCCAUGAAUAUCCCUCGCUCCUCGUGCCAAUCUCAACCCCCGUGCGUCGAUCUAACUUGGUCCCACCAGCUGGCCCAACCCCCACUUCACCUGCCGCUCCUCCACCGGUCUCACCAGCCUCUGGCCCCUCUGAACUCGACUUGCCGCCACCGCCACCGCCACCCGAGCCUGAAAUUGACCCCAUUCCCCCAACCGAGCAAGUGGAUAUCCCCGAGCGAAACCUGGACGAUCCAGCUCCAGCAGCCGAUCAAACUGAACCUCCUGUCGAAGAUACCCCACCUUCCCAGAAAGGCGUUGAGCCUCAUCCCACUGAACAACCGACCACAGCUCCUGAACAGCCCGACGAGAAACCCGAACCAGCCCCCGAGGAAAUCAUAUCGGAAUCCCAACCCAAUCAAGCCACUUCUAUACACGAAAUUCCACAACAGCCCGAUGAUCAGACAUCAACCCCAGCUUCCAACUAUGAUAGCGAAGAGCGAGCUAGGUUUGAGAUGCUCAGUCGAAUUGCUUCCUCUCCCCGUCCACCCUCACGAGCAUCUCCGUAUCAUCCAGAAGAAGAUCCACAAGUGCCAUCCCAUCCACCAUCAAUCCGAGGGAGCGAGAAACAAUCCUUUACACCUCUCAAAACCUCUUCUGAGCCUAUCUCACCCGAACUGCAACACUUGCGUGAAACGCUCCUCAGGAUCGUUUCAACUCCAUGUCCACCGACCCCCAAAGUUUACCCAACUCUUCUUUCUCCCAAGACGACUCGAGAUGAAGCUACUUGUACAUCCCCACCAGCGGAUGAGCGCGAAGUUGCAGAAUAUAACCAACGGAUCAGUGCAAGGCUGGAUGAGGCCAUUCUAAACUCGCCGUUCAUUUCAAAGGAGAACCCCAAAACUCCUCGUCCCGAGAGAUGGGACGAUCCCGAGGGAUGGGACGAGUCGCCCAGGAUCAGCGGGCAUAAGUCACCUGCCUCCAAACUCUCGGACGCCCAUUCUUCACGCCACUCGACCAGACAUCCCCAAUCACCGCGUCAAUCCAGCCACAUAAGUCCUCGUUCGGCCAAGUCCCCGGAGCCUGCACGCUCGACGAGCCGCAUGUCUCGCUCGACCCCCCACGCCGACGACGAAGUGCCCCUACCUGGCAGAUUCCCGACCCCCAAAUCAAGUCAACUGAAGAGCGAGGGGGGCUCCGAACGGCGAAGGCAAGGCGCAUCGCCCUACAGUACCAGUCUCAAAUCGCCCGCCCCAUCGGCCCCCCUCCCGAUGACACCAUCCCAUUAUACUGGCUCGGUCGCCGGCAAUCGGACUCCUAAGCGUGUCAGCAUCGCGAGCUCUGCAAAGUCUCCGUUGUUCGGAUGA